ACGGUAACACGUGAUGUUACAUAAGUUGGGACUGUAUUAUUGGUAGUACAUCGAUGGUUUCGUUGAGUAUGUAACGCAGUAACCAGUAUCAAUGUGAAGAUGGUUGACUUGGCGAAAGAAGCAUUUAAUACUCAAAAUUUUCAACUGGCUGCGGAAAUUUAUGAACGAACAAUUAAAGAAAACGGACCUUCUCUGGAUUUGUGCAUGGGACUAGCUGAUAGUUUUGCAUGUUGUGGUCAUUUUGAGAAGGCCUUUGAUGCUUAUGCCAGUGCAUUCAGACUUGGAAAUCUUUCACCAUCAUCUUUAAACCGUCUAGUGUCAGCUUUAGUCAACACUGUGAAAAAGGACAAUAUUGCAACCAGUGCUAACAUGAGCAAAAGUUGCAUGUUUACAUGCACUAUAUGCAGAGGAUUAUUUAAUGAACCAGUGACAAUACCUUGUGGUCAUACUUAUUGUAGGAAAUGUUUCGAAAGAGAUCAAUCAAAAACAUGUAGAACAUGUGGUACAAGUCAUCAUUUUGUGAGAACUUCAAGUUUUCAGUCUAAUGUGCUUCUUUCAAGAUUAAUAGAAAGUUGGUUUCCUAAUGAAAGCAAGGCUAGCCGCUUAAAAGCAGAAGGAAAUAAAUUUUUUGAAAGAAGACAAUUUGAUAAAUCAAUAGAACUAUACAGCUUGGCCAUCGAAUUGUCGCCACAUGAUCAUUUGUUACUCAGCAAUCGUUCCCACGCCUAUGUCUCACUUGAUCGAUUCAGCGAGGCUAUGAAGGAUGCAGAGAAAGUUGUUGAACUCCGUCCCGACUGGCCAAAAGGGUACUUCCGCAAAGGGUGUGCUCAGUUUGGCAUGAACCUGUUUGAGGAUGCUGUUGUAUCAUUGCUUCAGUGUCUGGCCCUGGAUUCAGAAGUCCAAUCAGCAAAAGACUACCUCUCCAAGUCUCUGCACAAGAUUUUGUCACCUUUUCCGAAUGAGGAUGUGAAAGCUUUAGCCUUGAAGAAUCAGUUCAACCCUUCACUGCUGACCCAGUUGAUCCGUGCCAACUUCAGCUCUGCUCUCCUCCUACCUCAUAUCACCAUGGACAAGCUAGAUCAACUCAAAGGCAUCAUUGAUGAAACCCUAUUCAGUGCAACAAACUUUGUACUGGGGCAAACAGAAGUGAAACCAAGCUUUGAUAAGGAUGAGCCGAGUUCCUUGGAGCAGGUGCCCAGAGGAAGAGAUGGAAAUGCAGAGACAACACCUGCACAGAAAUGUGCUUCUGAACCAAGCAGCAGAAGAGAAUCCCCGGUAAGUUUCCUAAGAGGAGCCCGAUCAAGAUCCCAAUCCCCCUACAGCAGAAACACUGACGGCAGCAGGAAGCGUACACGAGAACCAAGCACCACUCAACCGCCAUUAUCCCCUCAGGAGACACCACAGAAGCAGCAGAAGGCUCAAGAACUUGUACCAAUGGAUGUGAGCAAGGCCUUGGUAAAUGUUGAUGACUUUGAGUGCAGCCUUUGCUAUCGUCUGAUGCACGAACCGGUCACCACCCCAUGUGGUCAUUCCUUCUGUCGACAAUGUCUUGACAGAUGUCUAGAUCACCAAAGCAACUGUCCUCUUUGUAAAGGCUCAUUAGUUGAGUAUUUAGCCGAGAGACGCCAAACCAGAGAUGAAUCAUUAGAAAAUAUUCUUAAAACCUAUUUCCCUCAAGAACAUGAAGCAAGAAAAAAGAUUCAUGAGGAUGAAUUGGUUGAACUUGCAAAAAUGGGAGAAGAUGAGAAACACCAUAUACCCAUAUUUGUCUGCACGCUAGCCUUUCCUGGCGUAACCUGUCCCCUCCACAUCUUUGAGCCGCGGUAUCGUCUGAUGGUCAGACAAUGUAUGGAGGCUGGUACUCGACAGUUUGGCAUGUGCAUCUCUAUGGGAGACGACCAAGAUGAUUUCUCAGAGUACGGCUGUAUGUUGGAAAUUCGAGAUGUUCAGUUCUUCCCCGAUGGAAGGUCCCUGGUGGAUUGUAUAGGAGGGCGAAGAUUUAAAGUCUUAUCCAGAGGACACAGAGAUGGGUACAACACCGCCAAUGUAGAAUUUCUGAGAGACGUUAACGUAUCUGAAAAUGAUGUGCAAGCCGUUAACAAACUACAAGAAAAAACAUACAGGGAAGUCAAAUCCUGGUUUGACCAUCUGCCAGGUAUGCAGAGAAAUCAGAUAUCUCGACAUUUUGGGGGAUUUCCAGCCUGUGACAGUGACUACCAGGGUAACCCCAAUAGCACGGCGUGGCUGUGGAAGGUUCUACCCAUACUACCCCUAGAUCCACGUAUACAGCUGACGAUGUUAGCGAUGACAUCCUACAAAGAGAGGCUGGAGGGAAUCCUGAGGGUGUUAGAGUACAUCAAAAGGAGACGUAGCUUCUGACUAAUAGACCAAAUACCUCAUACGAUUACGAACCUACUUCACAGCUACAGGUUUACCAUAGGGCUUAUUUUAAUACUGGCUUUAUUAAUUCAGCUGGCAAUCUGAACAAUUUUCUCCUCAGUUACAUAUAUUGUCAAGACUAUCCAUUUCUUGAAUGUUUUAUCCAGAAUCUGUAUAUUUUUUCUGUUGUUUUUGUUCCAUGUAAAUAGUGUGGAUAUAUUGUAUGAUCUUUUGUAUGAAAUGAGGAAGAGUGUUACAUAUGGAAGAAAGUUCUCACAAUUUAAGGAUAUUAUUUUCAUAUACUAUUCGAAAAUGAUUUUUUUAGUGGUAAUAUAAUGUACUAGUACAUUUUUAUUUCAAAUACACCAGAAACUAUUGUUUUCAUUCAGUUAAAUAAAUUGUAAAGUUAUGCAAGUUUCAUUUUUUUGCAUACUAGUACAUGUGUAUUUACAUUUAUCUUAACAUUUUUAAUUAAAUGUACAUAUAUGUAGGAUGGAAAGUGAAUGUUGAAACCCCCCUUUGUGACUACUGUAUAUUGUUGAUAAAACUUGAUUUAAUUUUGACUGAUUGCAUGAACUAUUUUGUUUUAGUUUAUUUUACUUGCAAGAUAUAAGCAAUCUGCAAUGAGUACCCUAAUCUGUGAUAAUAUACUAUCAGUAGUCAGGUUAUUUAUACUUAUUUUUUAUAACUCGUUCACAUUCUUGAAAUGGUUGUUUUAUCUGGUAGGUCAUCUCUACGCUGUACAUUGCUUUUAAGCUUAAAUUAAACUUCAGUAUUUCAUUUCAUACACCAGUUAUUAUUUAUGUAAAUGUUAAUUUAUUCUGUUUACUUUUAUCUAAAAGCCAAAUUGAAUUUUCAGAUGAAACUAACAAAGACGUCAGUGUUGAUUUUUUUUAAAGAUUUAUUCAUAUUUUUUUUAUUGUUUAAAAUUUUAUAAUAAAAAAGAUAAGUGAUUAAAUUUAUUCUUACUACCGUAUAAGCAGAAAUUUUAGUGAGAAUUCAAUUCUGGGGUAUUUUAGCAAGGGUGUUUUGUUUGCCAAAAUUAAAUGUUGUUAACAAUUUGUUUCAGCAUUAGAGGUUCCAUUUUCUUUCUUUGCACCAUAAAAUUGCAAAAAAUAUUUCAUUUUAUUUCAAAAUAAAAUGCGGAUUUAAAGGACAAAUUGGUAAUUUUAUAUCUCACUAAAAAUUCCAUUUAUAAGGUACUUCAGGGAUUUUAUUUUGUAAGUGAAAACUUACAAAUGAAUAUGUAGUAGUGUAAGAUAUGACAAUCUGUUCAUUGUAACAUGUAAAGCAAGUUAAAAUAUUUUUCUUUUUCCAUAACACUUUCAUUUUUUUUAUGAGUGAAUAUUUGGUAAAAUGUUUUCAUUUUCAUGAAGGGCAGAUCCAGAAACAUUUGGAGAGAAUCAUUUUGUUGUUAAAACAUUUUCCAAUAAUGAUAUAUUUAUUUCACAUCAAUUUAAUAAAAU